AUGGCGGUGUGCUGGAGGCGGCGUGGCUGCAGUGCGCACUUUGGCUCGUGGCCCUCUGCGGCGUCGCCGUGCCUCCUCCUCCUCGUCCUUCUGCUGCUGCUGCUGCUUCCGUUGCCCCCGCACAGCGCGGCCGCCCACGACGCGGAUCCUGACACCCCAGUGAAGAUUUUGAUGUUGAAGCCAAGUUUUUCCACCAAAGCCGACUCUAUCUCCACUGCGUUUUACGCCGGCGUGCAUGCGUCGCUGAUGGCGCACAACUCCACAGCUGAGGACGACGUUCGCGUUGAGAUUGUCGAAAGGGAAGCGAAGCUUGACAACUACGCCACCGUUCUGGAGGACGUGGUGAAAAAGAAAAGGACAUUCUCACUAUUCUGGCCCAGUUUGAUGAUGCUUACGUGA